CUCGAAGCGCGCCCCUCGCCAGAAUUUUUUAUUUGUGCGUUGAUUUACAAAACCAAGUUUAGUGUAACGAUUCUUCAAUAACCGCGGACUGUGGCCAGUUUACGUAUCCCUCAUGGAACCGAUGACCUUAGGUAGUCCUAGCUCCUUAUCGGGGUCGAAUGUUGCGAUUAGUGGCGCUGGUGGCGGUGCUGGAGGACCCGGCUAUCUGCCGUCGUUUCUGAUGGGCGAUCCCCCGGCUGCUCCGCGCCCAAACACUCUCUCUCCAACGCGGGCACGUGCUUCUCUUGCGUACGGUGGACUUGCCGGGUCGCCUCCCGAAGGCUUGCGCUCACCUACGUCCUUGGCCGCGCUUCACCACCAACAGCAGCAGCAGCAUCAUUUCGUGCAGCCGCAACAUCAACAACAGCAGCAGCAGCAACAGCAGAUGUCUUCCUCCUUCAUGAAUGUAACACCGCACACGCAGCACUUCCUGCAUAUGUCCACAAUGCAGGCUUCCUCGCUCGCUAACCAGUUCCGGAACGAAUCGUUCGAUGCCAACGCCAGCAUAACCGGACCACCGACGCAAGGACUGUUCGACUCGUGGCGCAAAGAGAAACAGAUGCUGCACACAACAGCACGAGGAUCGGCUGGCGUGGCUGGAGGCGCGGGAGGAGUAUUACACCCUGCCGCAAACUCUGGCGCUGAAAUGACGGGGCCAAAUCAAUCGUUCAACGAAUCGAUUGCGAACCAGAGCGGCUUUAACGUGUCGCGCGUGAUGUCUCCUAUUCCGGUUGAUUACAGUCGCAUGGCCAAUGUACCGGUUUCUCCACCCAGUACGCCAUUUGGAGGUCAUCCACCGCUGCAAGUGCAACAGCAACCAUCCCAACCAUCGUUGCCCAGCAACGGUAGUGUGGGUACCUCAAACUGGAUUACGGUUUUUGGAUUCCCACAGAAUGCAUCCACGCUCAUCCUAUCACACUUCGUAUCUAUCGGUACGAUUGUUGAUAAGCAGUUUGCGCCCCAAAAUGGUAACUGGGUACAUUUACGAUAUAGCUCGCGGCUAGAGUGCAUGCGAGCGCUCAACUACAACGGGCGCAUCAUUAGCCCUGGGUUGAUGGUGGGUGUCCAGUACUGCAACGAUCCGGCCGUCAUCGGGAAGGAGAAUGAAGACGAAGGCUGCUCGCCAACCUACGAGAAGCCGGAUAACCCGCUGACGCGGGUGCGCUCACUGGUGAACAUGUCGUACACGGCGGAAAAGGAAGCGAACGCCGUCGCAACGACGGCGGCCGCUCAGAAGCGUAGCAAUGGGAUUGUACAUAAGGCAAUGGAUCUAUUUUUUGGAUGGUAAAACGAUCGCUAGGACGUGCAGAAAGUGCAUAAAAAUGAAAAAUCGGGAAAAGUCACGGCAAGCAUGCCGGUCGUUUUGUACUCAAUUCGUAUCUAAUGUGUAUGAUUGUUUUUUUUUUUGCAACACCGUAUGUUUUCCAAUCAAUAAAAUUAGCCAAAAUUACCCA